UUGUCAGAACCAGAGGUGGAACUGACUCCCGAAGAAAUAAACUCCUUGCGCGAAGAAAUGAAUUCUGCGCGUGAAGAAAUCAACUCCCUGGGUGAAGAAAUCAACUCCCUGCGUGACGAAAUGAACUCUCCGCGUGAAGAAAUCAACUCUCUGCAUGAAGAAAUGAACUCUUCGCGUGAAGAAAUCGACUCCGCGCGUGAAGAAAUCGACUCCGCGCGUGAAGAAAUCGACUCCGCGCGUGAAGAAAUGGAGGCUGUGCGUGAACUAAUGGCUGAACUGAGAAGAGAAAUAGAUGCUCUAAAGGAGGAGAUGACAAGCGCUCAGGAGGAGAACGUCGAGGUGCGCUGUGAGGUGGCGCGCCUGCGCCAGGCGCUGGUGGAGGAGCGCGCCGCUCGCCAGGACGCCGUGGAGGAUCUGCGACGGGAGAUCCGCCUAGGAUCGGCGCCUUCCGGCCGCUCCCAGGGUGACGGCGAGGCGGAGCUGGCGCCACUGAAGGACGACACGUGUGACAAGUGUGACGCCAUCAGCACCUGUGACGUCACAAUCCCGACUGCUGAGGAGGCGCGACCGGCGGCGCCUGUGCCUCGCGAGGCCAACAUCUACCACCUGGACGCCGAGCUGCUGAAGAUGGUGCUGAGCAAGAUGGACUGCUGGGAGAUGUUCCGCGCCAGGCGGGUCUGCCAUCGGUGGCGGUCCGCCGUCGACGAUAUCGUCAGCGACUGUCGGCGGGAGCUAACCGAUCGGCAAACCCGCGAUGGAAAGGUCCCUGCGCCGGCCACGAGCCUAGAGUUCGUAUUGAAGGUGCAGGACCAGCCGGGGAUGACCGAACUGCGGGCGCCGACCGCUGAGACGGACACCGACCUCCGACUGGUCGCGGCCACCUGCCACGCUCUGCAGACAGCCAACCUGCGCGGCUUCAAGCUGCGGGUCUCUGCCCUGCGCCGGCUGGCGCGUGCCAACGCCUCCAGUCUGCGUGAGCUGACGCUGCCGGCCGGUGUCAGCGACUGGCAGCUGGAGGCGCUGCUGGAGCCGCUGAAGGCUCUGGAGCAGCUCGAUGUGAGCCCACCCGUGAACAGCACCGGCAAGUGGCUGCGGCUGCUGCCCAAGUCGCUGACGAGGCUGGACAUCACUGGGUCGGGGAUGACUCGCCCACGGGUGAACAACAGGCGCCUUUCGGACGGACUGCUGGUCGGUGUACAGCUAGCGACGGACACACUCCUGUACCAGCUGGCUGUUCUGGAGACCUGCACUGAGUGCACAGUCACCAAACUGCUCAUAAAACGCUCACCGUCCGUGACACCGGAAGCGACGGUACGCCUCCUGGCUACCCUCGCCGACUUGAGGUUUGUCGUUCUUGAUGGAGCAAGCGCCAUUUCCUGUGCUGUGCUAGCAGCCCUUCACUGCUGUGCGCAGCUGGAAACGGUGCAGCUCUAUGACACCCGGCCCGUCACGGACAUCCCUGCCCUGACCCAGUCAGAGGUGGCAGCGGUCAGCAGGAUGGCAGUGACUUGCGGGCUACUGAAGUGGCUGUUCAUUGGAUUUUCAGCUGAAAACUGUGAACUUAUCUUGACCGCCCUGCACGAGACAGACCUAGGAUGUGAUGACAAGGGUCUGUCCCGUACCAUCGAUUUCAGGGUCCCAAAGUCUGUAUACCUCAAGGUUACUUCGCCUCCCAGUGGCAGUAAAAUCACCGUGUGCCCCUACUAGAAGCCCGGCCUCUCAGUGCCUCGACCGCUCCGGUGUCGGAACUCGACAACAGAUGGCAGCACCGUGUCCCGUCGACAGCGCUCUACUGAACAAAGUGCACAUCUACAGUUUUUACGGCCAAAUGUUGACAGUGCACACACUUCAGUAAUAGUGCAACUGAUUUCGACAGUUUGCCAUGACAGACUAUGCUGUAUUGUCGAAAUCGCCUGCACUUUACUGGAAUGUGUGCACUGUCGCCUAAAUUGGGCGUAAAAAGGUGUAGACUUCCACAUCCAGAAUGAUUUCGAGCCGCCCCGUCGCAUGGGGCCAGAUCCGCGGGUACUUCACCGCCGUGCUCGGCCGAUUAGUUUCAGUCCCCGCCUGAAGGCUGAUCAUUUGAUUUGAGCACAGAUUGGAACGUUUGUUGACGCUGCCUUCAUAGACAGUCAGGGUAUGUUUAGUAUCCGAGAUUGAUCACGCUCGGGGCCACUGUCCAGCCGUCGGUAAACCGUUGUCACCGUGUCGGUGGUACCGCCGUGGUGACGUCACGUGUGUUGUGACGUCACGCCGCUAUGCUGUUGUGGCGCAUUCCGUUUAGACCAGAGAGUCGUUGGAGCUAGCCGGUCCAGGCGAUAUCGGACCUCGCCGUCACUGUGUCGUUGGUCCGGUCUGCUGUGGUUCGUUUAGACCAGAUAUGUCCGGCUCGGGAUGUCACGGGCUAUGAUAAUCGCGAUGGAAAGAUACGAUCGGUGGCUCAGAGGGGUUCCUCAAGGAAGCCUUUUUGGACCUCUUGUCAGUGCAUGUCAGGACUGAGGUGUUGAAUACACAACCUUUGCUGAAGUGGCCACCCCAA